AGUGGGGGCGGGCUACGGGCUCAUGACAGACCCCGGCCCCGGCGGCCCCCCGCUACCUGCUGUCCACCCCGUAGCUGGCACCCGAAGCCCGCGCGGCACCGCGCUUGCGCGUGAGGCGGCAAGGCGCAUGCGCACGGAGCACCGCCCUCCGUGCGGGAGGCGGGAACGAGCAGUGCGCGGGCAGAACGGUUUGAUAACGGCUCGGAGGUGGAGCGCGGGAACGGCGGGAGCGAGUAAAAUGGGGAAGACCGCUGGUAGGGGAUCAGCAAAAAAACCACUUAAAUCACAAAGUCAAGAAAGGCCUUCCAGCAAGAAAAAGGGAACAGAUACAGAAGGAAGAAAACAAGGUCAAAAAAGAAAGCAGGUCACUCAGUCAGUCAAAAGGAAAGCUAAGGAAGACAGCGAUUAUUCCCCUUCAGGAGGAAAAGGUUCUUUAAAAAAAAUGAAGCUAACCAAUGCUAAAAUAGGAUCUUGGAAGACUCUCUCAGAGAGCAGUAGGCAGUUUCUGGAAACUGUAAUGGAUUCAAUAAUACUAUCUGUUUUGUGCCAACAAAGGGAGAGAAAAGGUGAUGUUCAGGAGCACCUCAAUUUAGUGAAAGAAAGAGCGCUGAGAUGUUUCCAGACGUUAAAAGUGCCUCCAGGGAAGCUGGGCAACCUGAAGAAUGUCUUGAGCCUUCAGAUGGCAGAGAAAAAAAAGCUUAAGACAAACGAAGAGUCAUUGGUACAAUUGCAGGAAGAAAUAAAUGAAGCUAAGCAAUUAGCAGACUGUUCUGAAGAAAAUAUACAGCAACUGCAGUACAAAAUCCAGGUGCUCAAGAAUCAGUUAGAGGAAGAUGAAAAAAAGGCCAAGAAGGUAUUCCAAGAAAAUGGCAGUGGAGCACUCCAUCUUCCAGAACUCCCCAAGUGCAGUUUACAAGCACCCACUUUGCAGGAAGAAAUUUUAAAGAUGAAAAAUCAGAAAGGUCUUUUAAAGGAUAUGAACACUAUUCAGCAGUCAGCUGACUUGAAGAACUUUUUAACCCUAAUUGAAAAGACCUAUGAGAAGGUGGACUUCCUCUGAAAGACCAAAAUAUACAUAUAUAUAUAUAUACAUAUAUAUAUAUCUCAAAUAGAAAGGAAAAAAAAAAAAUCUGUUAUAUUUCUAUAUGGAACCUCUUUUGAAGAAGAUGAUAAUCUGAGCCAGCGCUCUGUGUUACUGUAUAGCAGCGGGAUGUUGAUCAUGGAAACAGUAUAUUCUUCCUAAUGGCUUUACAGUUGUGACUGCUGAAUUUCUCUUUCUAUGAAUACUGGUAUAUGAAUACGUAGAGGCAUUCUGGGACUCUAGUGAUUUAAGUGAUCGAUCAAGGUUUUGGGGUUGGGUUUCUUUUUUUGGACCUGUGAUGACUUCUAAUGAUGAUAUAUACUGUCUUAGGAGAAGGGAGGGAAGUGGAUCCUGGGUUUGGGCAUUUUUAUAGAAUAAGUAACAUAUUAUAUUUGGACAUUUAUAUCACAUCUCUAAAACAGUGCAGGUACUAUCUCUUGCCAAACUAACCUUUGUUUUGGAGUUAAAUCCACUUUAAACUUGAAACACAGAUUUAAAAUAUGAUUAUCUGAUGCUCAGUUGCAAAUCUUCAGUUCAACUUCCUUACCACUUUUAAAUAAAAAACUCCAUGGUAGGGAACUGAACAAUUAGAUAUCAAAUAUACAGGAUUUUUUUACAUUUUCAUAUUCAUUGCUUAAACCAGGUGGGUGAUAUCUUUUUUUUUUCUUUUUUUUUUUUUUUCUGUUUGUUGUGUUUUUUUAAUUUUUUUUAUGUGUGUAUAUAUAUGUCAAUGCAGAUGGUUGGGAAAGCAGGUAAGAACAUUAUAGAGCAAAGCUGUAAUCUCAGAAUUGUGUACUCACUUUAUAUUUUAUUAACUAACUGUCAGAUAUUCUUCAGCUUCAGAGGAAGAAAAUAAAGUCAAAAGUCUUUUUCCCCAUGCACUUUAAUCUCUCUCCUAUUUUUUCCAUGAUAGAGCUUCUCCCUUAAAAGAUUAAGUGCCUUCUCCAGUGAAAUUAUCUGCUAGAAGACAGCAGUGCUCUUUAUGUUGACUUAACCCUUGAAACGCUUGUUCUUUUGUUUACAAGCUGCUGGUACUCCUGAUGAGACAUGAGCUAAUUACCUCUAUUCUCCUAUGAGAGAUUAAAAGCCUCUCUGUAGUUGCUACAUGUAGGAUCAAGAAAGCCAGACUAAGUACUUGUUUGGUUCAUACUUGCUUUGUAUCACAUAAAAAGAUAUAUAAAUAUUUAGAAAUGUUUAAUAAAGUUUUGGUCAAGGACAAGGGGAACAUUUACUGACAUAACCACUACUCACUGUAGCUUAACCCAGAUUGUGGGUUAAGGAUUUUCCUGCAUGCCAGCUAUAUUGAUUUUUGUUCAGCAAAGAUAGAUAUACUUCUUUGCUUUCAUGAAGGGUGAUUUACUUGCAAACAAUUUACUAUGUGGGUUUUGAACUUCAUGAACCACAUAGAUACCGUCUUUUCUUUUUAAAAAGAAAGUAAGGAUUAUUUGUUUUCAAUCUGGAAGUACUUGAGGUGUAAGAACUGUCCUUAAGUAAAAAUAGGUAAAAGUAGCUGUAUAUUCAAACACAUAUCAAUGUUGCCUUUAGCUACAGUUGCAUGUAUGCUUAUGUGCUGUGGCACAAAGGCAAUUUUCCUCUUGAUAAUGGUGAGCAAAUGGAGUAUAAGAUUCAAGAAAAUUUGAUAAAAGGGCAACUACAGUAAAGAGAAUGAAUUUACGUAGUAUUGCACUUUCAGGUGGAGUUUGGUUUAAUACAUGUCAUCUUGACCUGGGUUGAAGUUUAGACGGAGAGAGCACAUCACAAAUGCUCAUUGACCGCAUAGUGGGAGAGUAGGAAGAAAAAUAAGGCUUACACAAGCAAUAUCUUUGGGGCAUGCUUCCUCUCUGUGAUGAGCAGAUUUCCAAUGAUGUGUAAAGACUUUGGUUUGGGGAAAAUUCUCUCUGCAAUGUCUAUUCCAGAAACUUCCUAUUUUUCAUAGUCAGUAGAAGAAUCAGGACAAGCAAUAAAUACAAAUGAGGUGACCAUCAUCAUGCUCAUUGAGCAUGAUCAUCACUAUGCACCCCAUAGUGAUCACACAGUAGACAAUGAUGUUCAUUGCACCAGUACUCAGUGGAUGAGCCCUGAUGUAUCUGGAUGGCAUCCUGAGGAUGCUGGGCCUGAACCAAGAGUACCACUCAAAUCCCCUGCUGCCUAUGGGGAGACAGCAGAGGCUUGAAGCAGCAUCAAUCUAGGGCUGUUUUGGUUCUCAGUCAGUUUUAACUUCCUUUUACUGUUGCCAGGCAGUGGAAGCCCUUUGAUGGCUGAAAUUUGCAGACAGUGUUUAUGCAAUGUUUAAUAGCAAGUCAGAAAGUUCAUUACAAAAGCACCAUCUAUUUGCUGUGGGUGCAUGCUUUAUUUACUGAGAUAAAUGUGUUUUGUUUAAGGUUAAUAGGAGCAAGAAAUGCAAACAUCUGAUUUGCUUUGAGUACUUUAAUGAUAUGAGAAAGAACAACUUCAGGAAAUGAAAUAUGAUCACCAACCUCUAGUAACUUUUCUACAGUGAUUCCCUCUUUCAAACCUUGCCUUAGUGGAACUCCAUCUAUUUUCAUAAAUGUUUUUAACAUUUAAAAUUCAGGGGCAGAGAAUGAAGAAAAUAUUUUUAUUCCUGGUAAAGCUAAUUAAAAAAAUAUCAGGGUAAUUUUCCCUUCCAUCUAACACCUUUGUUAAUCCAGAAACUAAAAUAAACGGAUCUAGAUGAGAAGUUAACUACUCAUUGUAAAAAUUAGAGUAGAAGAAUUCAAGAGAAAGGCAAAUUUGGCUGUGAAAACAAAAAUGCUGCAACCACUGAUGUAAUUUUUGGAUUCUCAUUUUCACUUUUGAGUCUUUAAUCAUUAGUCUCUAUCUAGCAGUCUACAUUUGAACACUCGUAGAUGUUUGAAGUAUCUGUAAUAUCUGAGGCAUGAACAAGGGGCUUAUAUGGCACAGGACCUGUCCCCCUAUAGCCUGGCAGCUGAAAGCCAAACAAGAUCUGAGGGUAUCUAAGAUGGUGCUAGAGGCUUGGGAUUAAAGCAAUUGAAUUAUGCUCUGUAUAUCAACUUUAAAGUGGAUUGCAUUUCUUAAUAAUAUUUAAUUAUUUACAGCUGAAUGAUCGGAAUCUUGUUUGGGUAAGGAGAUGAAGGCAUGGGGAAAGUGUUGAUGUGAACAGACACCACCACCACAUCCCCCCAAACCGUGGGAAUCAGGGCAAAUGAAAAGCAAUGUUCAGUGUCUGAUUUGAGUAGAAGGAAUGAAUGUCUUGCUUCAACACCAACGCUCAGAGGAAACUGCAGGACAGGGAAUAUUGUUCUUUCAGUGCCAAGUAAAAUAGCCAACCUAAGACAAGCUGCGCUUUAAGGCAUACUAUGGAAGGUCAGCACUGACUACUGUCUAUGCAGAGGCAGGGACAGAGUGCUUCUGAACAGGGCAAGGAUUAGGGAGAAGAGCCAAGGA